AUGCCAUUCGGAAAAAGUAUUCUACAGAGGGAAAGCCUGUUACGAGUAAGUGGAGAGGAAAGAUCUCCAGAGAUUCUUAUCUCAUUCCAUUCCAGUGGCUCAACCAGUAACCAAUGGCGAAAACUCAAAAAUCCAUGGUUUCCCGGUAGAACCCUAUUUCGCCCAAGUUGUUUCGGAACCGGAAAAAAGAAGCGGUUUUUCGCACAGCUUGCUCAUAGUGCAGGUCCCACUUGUAUAUCGUAUUUGGCCGAAGAAGCAUCGGACAGGUUGGAGUUCUUACCUUCUUGGGACUCCAUGGACCAAGAUCUGCUUUUAUUAUAUGGGCAAUACCGAUCUACUUUCACUUUAGUAGAUCAUAUGGAUGUAGAAAAAACUUAUCAUUUUGAUGAAUUGGAAACAUCUCUUUUCAAUUUCUAUUUACCUAGUUCAUAUCUUUGUUUCGUGUGUUCCCGGGAGGAAUUAAAUCUCUUAAAUCUCGGGAUACCACCUAAAUAA